UCUUUCUGAUGGCGGUCGUUUGACGGCUUUUGCUGCCGACAGCAAAACCUGAGACUCUAAAUAACUGGUGCAGCCGGCCUUAGAGAAACUGGGAAGAACCCAAGGGGCGCCGUCCACAGUGCACAGGAGUGAGCGGAUUUCAGGACACUUCCAGGAUUUUCGGCCCAAGUCUUCGCCAUUAUCUCGCGCGUCUGCUGGCACCACUGCGCCCGCAGGGUCCUAUGGCAACCGACGCGCUGCAGGACCCGGCCCAGGACCAUUCGGGGAAUUGCAAUUGGGGUGUGUGACUAUGGGGGAGCUAACACUUUUAUAGAGAUUACAAAAGAAGUUAAAAGGGCUGUAGGCACCAAAGAGCCCAUGGCUUUUCAUUGGCUGAGUCCUUUCCAGGAAAGAGGAGACUCUUCUUCCUCUGGAAUACCAUUCUUGUCUCAGGUUCCCAUGGUAGCAGCAACUUUUAUGGUCCCUGGACAGGGCCAUGUGACCUUUGAGGACGUGGCGGUGUCCUUCUCCCAGGAGGAGUGGGGGCUCCUCGGUGAGGCUCAGAGACUCCUGUACUAUGAUGUCAUGCUGGAGAACCUGUCCCUGAUAGCCUCCCUGGGGUGUUGGCGUGGAGGAGAAACCGAAGAGGCCGGUUCUGAACAAUGUGUUUCUGCAGAACAAGUGACACGAGACAGGAAUCCACGGGUGGACUCAUCUAUCCUGAAGGCUGUCACUUCCACUGACGUGUGUGCUCUGGUGGAGAAAACCCUGCCCUCUUCUGGGGCUUCUGGGAAAAUGCCCACUUCUCACUUGCAGCAGUGCCAGACACAGCUAAGUGGAGAGAAACGUCUCAGGAAGGACGAGAAUGGGGCCUUGCUCGUGACAAGCUGCAAGAUCUUUGUACCUGACACUGUGUUCACAUGUGGAGAGGUUGAGGAGGAUUUCCUCGGUAGCCUUGGCUUUCUCCAGCACCAGCCCUCCCACGAUGGAGAGCAUCCACGCAGAAGCAGGCAGAGCAGGGGAGCCUCUCACCCUGGGCAAGGGCAUUACAAAUGCAGCGAAUGUGGCAAAGCCUUCAGUAAGAAGUACAAAUUCACAGAGCACCUGAGAGUUCACACCGGAGAAAAGCCAUAUAAGUGCAAUGAUUGCGGGAAAUUCUUUAGACUCCGGGGGGGUCUCUCUCAUCAUCGGAGAGUUCACACAGGAGAAAAGCCUUUCGAUUGCAGUAAAUGUGGGAAAGUCUUCAUCUACAAAUGUAAGCUUGUUCAGCACCAAAGAGUCCACACUGGAGAAAGACCCUAUGAGUGUCAGGAAUGUGGGAAAGCUUAUGCCCGCAAGGAUUCACUUGUCCAGCACCAAAAAGUCCACACUGGAGAGAAACCUCAUAAGUGCAGUGAAUGUGGGAAGCUCUUCCUGUACAGAAAUAAACUCCUUGUGCACCAGAGAAUACACACUGGAGAAAAGCCUUUUAAGUGCACUGAAUGUGGGAAGUCCUUUAGUUAUAAAACAAGUCUUAUUAUCCACCAGAGAACUCACACUGGAGAAAGGCCUUAUAUGUGUGGUGAGUGUGGGAAAGCUUAUGUCAACAAAAAGAGUCUUAUUGUCCACCAGAGAAUCCACAGUGGAGAAAAAGUUUAUGCCUGUAAGAAAUGUGGGAAUUUGUUUAUGAGCAGCUUUGCCCUCAACAAACACCAGAAUGUUCACACUUCACAGAGGCGUUAUGAGUGCAGUGAAUGUGGGAAAGGGUUCAAGAGGAAAAUCACACUCGAUGAGCACCAGAGAAUCCACACUGGAGAAAGACCCUAUGUGUGCAAUGAAUGUGGGAAAGCCUUCAAGCUGAAGAACACACUAAUUAGCCACCAAAACGUCCACACUAGAGCAAAGCCUUUCCAGUGCAGUGAAUGUGGGAAGCCCUACAGUAACAAAACAAGUCUAAUUGUCCACCAGAGGAUCCACACUGGAGUGAAGCCCUUUCAGUGCAAUGAGUGUGGGAAGCCUUACAGUUACAAAACAAGUCUAAUUGUCCACCAGAGAACCCACAGUGGAGAAAGGCCUUAUGCGUGUAGUUCUUUGUACACAGCUUCAAGGUCAUGAUCGUGUGUGUGUGUGUGUGUGUGUGUGUGCGCGCGUGCACUCAGUCGCUCUAUCAUGUCCAACUCUUUGCAACCCUGUGAACUAUAGCCUGCCAGGCUCCUCUGUCCAUGGGACUCUCCAGGCAAGACUAUUGGAUUGGGUUGCCAUUUCCUACUCCAUGGGAUCUUCCAGCCCAAAGGACUGAACCCAUGCCUCUUGUAUUGGCAGGCAGACUCUUUACCACUGCGCCACCAAUGGUCACACUGGAGAAAUGCCUUCUGGACUCAUGCUUUCCUUCACUUGAGUUAAUAUCUAGUAGCACAACUCCUCAUCAUAGAGUAAGUGAAUGUUACACUCAUGUAGGUCAGUCCAACUCUUCUGAAAGUGGUGGUGUCCUUUUAUAGUCUCAUCAGAAGCACCAUAAGCCAAGAUCCUGUCCUUUACAUUCUUACUUGGUAUGUUCAGGCUUUCCCGAUUUAGUGACACCAUAGUUGCAUACUGGGACCAAGUGAUUUUAAUUUGCAUUUCUCUAAUGAUGUGAUGCCAAGUGGUCUUCCAUGUGUUGAUUUCCAACCACAUAUCAUUCUUGACAUUUCUGUUCAUAUAACUUGUUCUAAUUAGUGAGUUUUGACAUUUUGUCAUUGCUUACUGAUUAAGGUACUCUAAUGGAAAUACCUAGCAAUACAGUCUUCCAGAAUUGGUUUUCUCUUUUCAAUCACUUAUCCAGAGAAAAAGUUUUUAAUUU